UGUGAAAAGUAUACUCAAACCGCUAUAGCCUCGUGGACCCGGUGUGCCUUUCUUGAACAAAGUUCGCGCAGACCUCAAGCAACAGUCUUUGGAAGAUUACGCGGAGGAAUUACAUGUAAAUUUCACUAUUCAGGAAGCUCUUUGUCCCGGACAAGAUGUGCCUCCCCGAACACCCCUGCUUGUUGUUUUUCAUUUGUCUCCUGUACCUUCUUGCCCUCAAGGCCUCAAGCGUCAACGCUCUCCUAGCAUGGAUGACGAGGUUGUUAUGCCAUUAACAAAAAAUUUCAGGGAUUACAAAACUGGUUUUCCCUCCAACGUCGCGACGUCAGGUGAAUAUGCUUUGAAUCAGUCUUCCCCUGACGGUGCCAUCCUAGAUGGACGUUUCAACCCCAAAUAUCCGGUCGAGACGAGCGCCCCUCCCAUCGAGCUCUAUCAUCCCGCGUUUGCCCAGUUCGCUGCUCUCAUCCGGGACCCAACCUUCCAGGUUCCUGACGACGAUGACAUCCUCAGUAACACGGCGGCAUUGAUACGAAGUUGUUCCCAGAUCGAGACGUACGAAGGACCGGGGAACACGAACACCUGCUUGAUCCUUGGGCGAAUCCUUCACCUCCCAUUGGACCAAUUCGAAAAUGAUGACAGAACUGCCACUGACUGCAUGGCCUUGUACGAAACACCGUUAGACUCUGUCGCGGCGGCGUGUGUCAUUGCAGAAAUAAAAGGGGAAUUGGGAUCUACGGGUGCAGAUCCCUCUGUCCAGGCAUCGUUCUCCUUCGCCAGGUUCUACUGCCAGCCGCAGCGAGAUCCUAUCACUGAUCACUCCAACUGUCCAACGUUCAUCCUUGGCAUUGCAGGUCCUUGGUUGGUCAUCAUGGGGGGUAUUCUGACAACUCGACCGAUCAUCCAACGGUUAUCCGACUACAUGUGGCUGGGGAACAGUCGUGUACUGGAUGAGGACCAAGUGAGAAGGGUUGCUCGUAACCUUUACGCUCUUCGAAGGGCCACAAACGCCCUUGAGGAGUAUUGGGACUCUUUCGUAAGGCCGUGCCAUGUCAAAGGAUGCGAACACCCUCGGUUCUUCCCCUCCUUUGACAGCUUCACUGACAUCCAUACCCAUACCCACGAGACUGUCAAGUUUGCCUAUGUGAAAGCAUUGGAGGAGGGGCCUUCUUGUGUCACGUUCCUCGCCAAGAAGCUUCUUGCUGACAACAACUUGGACUCGGGCGACGGAGACGAUCGUAGCAGUCACAUAGUUAUCAAGUUUGUCCGCCGCUACAACAAAGAAGCGCAUGUCAUGAUGAGCCAGCGAGGAUUUGCACCCAAGUUACUUGGUUAUCGUCCAUUGGGAGAAGAAAAUCCCGGAUAUGGCGAUUUGGUGCUAUUAGCCAUGGAGUAUGUUAAGGGCGAGACACUCUCCGAUCGGUACUGGGGUGAUGUGAUUCCUGCGCAAGUCAGACAAGGUGUGAAAGAGGCAAUUCAAGUCCUUAACGAUGCUGGUUAUAUUUUUGCGGACCUUCGAAGGCCGAACUUGAUUUUCCGAGAAUGUGAUGGGAAGGUACAGUUAAUUGAUUUUGAUUGGGUCUGUCGGGUAGGUGAGGGGAUGAGGUAUCCCUUUCAUUUAUCUUAUGAUCAUAGGACAAGGUCGGGGGCAAGGGAUAAUGAUGUUAUUACUUUGGAACAUCAGGAGACAAUGUUAGAGGAACUCUGAACGGGGCUUGUAUAAGUGGUUGGGAAUGGUUAUGUUGAUGUUUCCUUUCACUUGUUUUCUGAUACUACCACUGUACAUUACCACACUUCUUACAUAUUUUUCCAGACAUCUCUGGCGCGCUAUGAAAGGCCCG